AUGGAGCUCCGCCAUAAUGCCCUUAUGGUUGGGGGUUUUGAAGGAGUAAAGCCUAUAGUGAAGAAAUAUGACCAUGUUAUGAGCAUGAUAAGGAAUUCACAGCUUUGUGGCCAGGCAAUGAUUGCUUAUCUGCAACAGAAGGGAUUCCCUGAAGUUGCUCUCCAUUUUGUGAAAGACGAGAGAACUCGUUUCAAUCUGGCUUUGGAAAGUGGUAACAUUCAGAUUGCAGUUGCUUCGGCUAAGGAAAUUGACGAGAAGGAUCAUUGGUAUAGGUUGGGAAUACUCCCUCAUUCAUCAUCUUCAAAAUCCUUGCCACUGGAGCAGAAGUCGCCGAUGCCUUGCUACUUAGCACUGAUCUCCUCUUUCUACUACUUGGAAUGGUGUUUAGUUUUACAAUUGCUGUCUUGGUACUUGACAAGGUCAGAAGUGAUGUCUUCAAUGCUCAGCGUAGUUCUUGACUUGAAAUAUUUGUUGCAUCCAAUCCAACGAAAAAUCGACAGGAAAAGGAAGAUGGAGAGGGAAAAGGGAGAACCUUUAGGGAAAGAACUUGGGGCAAAGAAAGGAAGCAAAAGUAAGUGCGAUGAGUAA